GUCCUAUUUUUCGCAAUUGAAGUAGGUGCCUCUGACGCUCCCGUACGGGCGUUUAUAAAAGCCCAAAACCAAAAGGACAAGCGAUUCCAUUGACUUGAAAGAUUGCUCCCACGAUUGAGGUGGGUUGAGCGAGUGAACCUGAAGGAACGACAGAAUGAAUGGCUAAACAAAAUAACACCCGAAAGUUUGUGUAGAAUCGCGGGCGAGGGCUCUAAACCUGGAACUGAGGUGGAGUGCUGGGGGCCGAUUUCGUGCCAGCGUGACGGGAGUGGGGGACUCUCGCGCCGCGAGACAGUUGGUGACCAGCACAGGGACGUGGUUUCAUGCGCUGAACGCGGGAACAGUGGUGGGCAACGAUUCCUGGGACAUGAGCCAUGAGCAACUGUCAACAGUGUAAGAGGACGUCGUCGGACGGCCAUGCGUUGUCUGUCUGUGCGCCAGUGUCUGUGGUUAAGUUUUGGAGCUAGCAGAAGAGACUGAGCAGGGACUUAACUGAGAAAUCGUCUCAUGAGCGUAGGCGAUGAGGGUUGGACGAUCAAUUGUAGUGGAUUUUCAUUUUGAGGUUGGCGGGGGGAUAUGUGUUGAAUUGGGGCCAAGGGGAGAUUCUGAUCGCCGAGGAAGGUGGAUCGACUGAACUCGGGAUGUGGAACCGGCGAUCUCUGAAGGAGGAAGUGGUGGUCAUAUAGACGGUGUGGCGUGGUAAAGAUGUGGGUGCCAAGCGCUCCGAAGAACGCGGACCGCUUUGCAUAGUGAGCUGCAACAGUCUGUGGAAGGGCAGGAGUUCGACACAGUUGUCGAUCGCAGAUUAGGUGAUCGUUAUUUACGCUCGUAAUGGCGAAGCAGAGGCGGUGCAAUACUCGUACCAGUUGGAGGAUACUCAGCAGUCAUGUGUAACCAUGGCCUCUGUAAAAGCUGCAGAAGCUUGUCCAAUUGUGGAGGAAGAGAAGCCUGUCUACUUCACCGCAGGAAUGUUGAUCGAGGCCAGGGACUGGCAAAGUGACGCGGUGCGAUCCAUUCAGAUCGACGCCAGCCCUAAGAACACCGUUGCUGCUGUCAAGAAAGCCAUCGAGGGUAGCGAAAUUAUCGCAUCCAACUUGCAACGCCUGUCCUACGGGGAUCGUCUGCUCAAGGAUGACAGAGCGUUGGAGGAUUAUCAAAUUGACAACACCUCCACAUUGCAAAUGUGGUGGUGCAAGUGCAUGGCCUGUCGGGCAUUGUCUGCUGACCAGACGUUCCACACCAUGCGCAUUUACGUGACCACACCCAGGGAUGAGACAAUUCCUGUCUUAGUGAGCCGGAAUGGAUCGGUCUUCAGCGUCAAGUCUUCGAUGCAAGAAGAAGAAGGGACCCCUGCUGUAAGACAGCGUUUAAUUUACAACGACGAGGAGCUUCUCAAUGGCAAAAGCUUGACUGAGUACAACAUUGCCAAGGACAGCGUCUUGCGGAUGGUACCUAUGGAGCCCGUUGGACUCAUGCCAGUGAUGGUCUGCAUCGUCAUUCUCGACAGGACUGUCACCCUGGAGGUUCGCAAGCAAGACACAAUUCGCGACGUGAAGGCGAUGCUGCACCAGGUGGAGGGAAUUCCACCAUACCAUCAGCGGCUAAAGUUGCGAUACGGAUACGGGUUCUUCAAUAGAGACAUGAACAAUGCAGAUUUGCCGGACGAUUCAACUCUAGGCGAACUCAAUGUCAAUCGGGGCGACUCUUUCUUCCUCCUGCGUCGGCAGAAACACCUUCAUGACUGCCCUUGUUUCGAAUGCUGUGGAAGCUCUUUCCAUUUCUUUGUCAAGACUGUGGCCGGAAAGUCUCUUGUGAUUGAUUUGAAGAGCUUUCAUACAGUGGAGGAUGUCAAGAAGAAGGUGCACAUCAAGGAAGGGAUUGCAAUUCACAAGCAGAAAUUGCUCUUCGGUGACGUUGAGCUCGAGGACAACAAGACGCUCUUUGAGUACGGCAUCGAGGUAGACUCUAUUUUGAGAUUGAUGGUUAUUAGAGGCGGAAAAUCGAGCAUCGGUAGUUUCUUCUCCAAAGUCACUGGCUCAGGUUUGCACAGUUGAAAACGUUUUUAUCAAGUUCUGGUGAAGCGUCAGGCGUUACAGGGUUUAGAGUUAGGUGUAAGAUCUCUUUUAAUGCAGAUGCAGCUCAAUCAAAGUCCCAGCGAGCUUGUAUUGUGGAUAGUUUUCAGAUAGUUUGCUAAAAUUUUAGUCUGCUUAUAGAUCUCCAAAUCAGAGAAUUACAUCAAAAGAUUUAUUUUUCUGGAAUAAAUUGGUUGCAUGCGAUUAUCAACGGGUGCUACAUCUGUCUCA